GUUCGCCACAGUCACCGGAGUGAGGCAGCAUGGAUGACAUGGAGACUUGGCCGGAGAUAGAGAAAGCUAAGACAGAGAGGAGGCGUGAGCUGGUUCUACAGGGUCCCGGUGUGGACACGAGGAUCUCCUCUCAUGGCGGACUCACCAGGUCCAUUUACUCCCUCACCCUGCUCAACUACCUGGAGGUGAGCCAGUGUCCCAGUCUGACAGAGAUCCACGAGGACAUCCGGCGGCUGACCACCCUGCAGAGCCUCAUCCUGUGCAGGAACAAGCUCGCCUCCUUCCCGGACGUCAUCAGCCUCCUGGGGUCCCUGAAGGUCCUGGACCUGUCGGUGAACAACCUGCAGGUUCUCCCGGAGGGCAUCACCCAGCUGAGCGAGCUGAACACCCUCAACGUGAGCUGCAACAGCCUGGAGGAGCUGCCCGCCGGCCUGAGCCGUUGCACCAAGCUCUCCACCAUCAACGUCUCCAAGAACCGCAUCACCCGCUUCCCCGCGGACCUCUACUCGGAGAGGCUGGACCUCCUCAGCUCCCUGGUGGCCUCCGACAACGCCAUCGAGGAGCUGAGCGGAGAUGUUCACAAGCUGUCUGCUCUGAAGGUUCUGGAUCUCUCUGGCAACAAGCUGAAGGAAAUCCCGUGUGAUCUGAGCGACUGCCCCAAGCUGAAGGAGAUCAACUUCAAAGGCAACAAGCUGAACGACAAACGCCUCGAAAAGAUGGUCAACGGCUGCCAGACCAAGUCGAUCCUCGAGUACCUCAGAGGAAAAGGAAAAGGGAGACAGGGAGAGGAAGGAGGAGAUGCAGAGGGCGGACGCAAUGUAGAUAAAAAGAAAAGGCAGCAGCAGAGGAAGAAGAAGGCGGCAGAUGAACCCGAUGAGGUGGAAGAGCUGAACAAGAUGGUGGUGAGGAUUCUCCAUGUUUCGGACGCGCCCACAGCGCUCACGGUCAAAGUGAUGGCGGAAGUUAAGGAUGUUCGGCCCUACCUGGUGUGCUGCGUGGUCCGGGGCAUGAACCUGAAGUCUGGCAAUUCUCUCAAACGGUUCCUCGUGGCUCAGACCAAGCUUCAUGACGAUUUGUGUGGUAAAAGGACCACGGCAACCAUUGCAACUCAUGAUGUGCAGCUUCUCAAAGGCCCCCUGACGUAUGAGGUCAAACCCCCCACCCAGCUAAAGAUUGUGUCACUGGGCCGGAAGGAGAUGACGGCGGUCGAGCUGAUGAGACACCUCCACCUAGAGGCCGACGAGCUGAGGAAGCAGAAGAAACGACAGAAUGUUACUGGCCUCCACAAAUACCUGCAGCUUUUGCAAGGAAAAGCCUUCUAUCCCUGCCUAGUAGACGCAGAGGGACUUGUGAUCUCAUUCCCACCUAUUACCAACAGUGAGAACACCAAGAUCAAGAAGACUACCAAAGAGUUGUUUUUGGAAGUGACCAGUUCAACCAGCCUGCAGACCUGUAAAGACAUUAUGGACGCUCUGAUCAUAAAAAUGGCAGAGUUGAACAAGUUCACAGCGGAGCAUCGGGAGGAGGCGGGGUCAGACGGGGAAGGGGAAGGCCCGCCCGAGCCGGCCGCCAGCGUCGAGACCUCCAGCGAACUGAUCGUCCAGCAGGUCCGAACCGUCGACCAGGACGGGAACCUGAAGGUCGUCUACCCGUCGAAGACCGACCUCUCCUCCAGCGACGUCAGCAAUUUGACCAUCGUUUGGUAGACGUGCUGUGGACAGCCUGCAAUGUCUGUAUUUAAAAUGUGUGUCUAAUUGGAUUUGCAAGUAUGUACCAAGAUAAUCUGCAAACAUGUAUUCAUAAUCCAUGUGUUUUAUUGGAUUUGGACGUUUGCAAAUAAAUAUCUGCAAAUAAUUUCGUGUGUGCAAUCGGAUUGAAAAGUUGGAUUUGAAAUGUGUAAAGCAAAUAUCUUCAAAUAAGUAUUGGGAUUUGCAAAUGUAUUCAUAUCUGUAAAACCAUAAAUAGAGAGAGAGUAUUUUGCCUCAAGAGCUCAAAAUACAGACACAUCCUCAGUUUUAUGCUCAGGCGGCGACUAAAUUUUCAAUGAGUUUUUUACACUUGAUUUCUACUACACUUGUGCUGUGGCAGAUCUGGGAAUAUGUGUUGAGAUUUUUCUGUGUUUUCUGGAGCUGCAGCCUUCAUCCCGCUAGGUGGCGGUAGCCGUUAAUCUCCAUUUAUGCGUUUACAGAUCUGUUUUCAGAGUUACAGAUAUAAGUACAUUUGCAAAUCUGAAUACCUAUUUGAGGGUAUUUUCUUUGCAGAUCUUCUGAAUAUGUAUUUGCAUAUUUUCUUGUACAAAUCCAGUUACGCACACACAUGGAUUUUGUACAUAUUUGCAAAUCCAAUUAUACACACACAAAGAUUUCAAAUACAGAUUUAAAGGUUGUUUUUACACAUUUUGAAAUCUGUUUACACAAAUUCUAAGAACAGAUUUGUAGAUCCACGUGCACAUAAAAAAAAAAGCAUUUGGAGAUUCUUUUACACAUUCAUAAAUAGUUUUGCUAAUAAAGGCUUCAUUGAUUUCAUCAUAGGACAUUAACAACAUGAACAAAAUGUAGGGUGAAUUUGGGUAAUCUUCUCUAACCACACCAGAAGAAAGGUUUGAGAUCUACUCAGAGAAGACAUGACACAGCUAUCAUUUUUCUUUGUGCCAAAAAAGACAAUUCUGCCUGAAUCUGGGAUAAUAUUUUUUUUAAAGCAUUAUGAGAAAAGGAAAGAAAGCUUAAUGUAUAUAUAAUAUGUAUAUUAUGUAUAUUUUUUUCUCUAAAGAACCCAAGCCUAAAUAAAUAAACUCUGAAUUAAUUUA